AUGCCUUACCUGCAUCGGUCCCUGAGGCCCCAGCCACAGCCAGUCCCCAAGGAUGCCAGGACUAUCCACUCCUCAGGUCAGAGCUUUGAGCAGCUGAGGCAGGGCUGCCUGCAGUCCGGUACCUUGUUUGAGGAUGCUGACUUCCCUGCCAGCAAUGGCUCCCUGUUCUACAGCGAGAGGCCCCAGGUCCCCUUUGUGUGGAAACGGCCAGGGGAAAUUGUGGAAAACCCAGAAUUCAUUCUUGGAGGGGCCACCAGGACCGACAUCUGCCAAGGGGAACUGGGAGACUGCUGGCUCCUGGCAGCCAUUGCCUCCCUAACCCUCAAUCAGAAAGCACUGGCCAGGGUGGUUCCUCAGGACCAAGGAUUUGGCUCUGGCUAUGCUGGGAUAUUUCAUUUCCAGUUCUGGCAGCACAGUGAGUGGCUAGACGUCGUGAUCGAUGACCGCCUGCCCACCUUCAAGGACCGCCUGGUCUUCCUCCACUCCGCUGACCACAAUGAGUUCUGGAGCGCACUUCUGGAGAAAGCCUAUGCCAAGCUUAACGGGAGUUAUGAGGCACUGAAGGGGGGCAGCGCCAUCGAAGCCAUGGAAGACUUCACUGGGGGUGUGGCCGAGAACUUCCAAAUCCGAGAGGCACCAGAGGAUUUCUAUGAAAUUCUGGAGAAGGCUUUGAAGCGCGGUUCCUUGCUGGGCUGCUCUAUCGAUACCCUGAAUGCCUCAGAAUCUGAAGCUCGCACACCUUUUGGUCUCAUUAAGGGCCACGCCUACACCGUGACUGGGCUUGACCAGGUAAACUUCCAUGGCCAGAAAGUCAAGCUGAUUAGAGUCCGUAACCCUUGGGGCCAGGUGGAGUGGAACGGGCCAUGGAGUGACAGCUCUCCUGAGUGGUACUCUGUGAACCUAGAGGAGCAAAAGCGCCUGGGUCACACAGCCCUUGACGACGGGGAGUUCUGGAUGGCAUUCAAGGACUUCAAGACCCAUUUUGACAAAGUGGAGAUCUGCAACCUCACACCUGAUGCCCUGGAGGACAACGCCCUCCACAGGUGGGAGGUGACCAUCCACCAAGGAAGCUGGGUCCGUGGCUCCACAGCUGGUGGCUGCCGAAACUUCCUGGACACCUUCUGGACCAACCCGCAGAUAAAGCUGUCCCUGACCGAGAGGGAUGAGGGCCAGGAGGGCUGUACUUUCCUAGCAGCCUUAAUGCAGAAAGACCGAAGGAGACUCAAGAGGUUUGGCGCCAACAUGCUGACCAUUGGCUAUGCCAUCUACCAGUGCCCAGACAAGGACGGACACCUGAGUAGGGACUUUUUCAGGUACCAUGCCUCCCUGGCCCGAAGCAAAACAUUCAUCAACUUGAGAGAAGUCUCAGGGCGCUUCCAGCUGCCCCCUGGAGACUACAUCCUCAUCCCUAGCACCUUUGAGCCACACCAGGAGGCUGACUUCUGCCUGAGAAUCUUCUCUGAGAAGAGAGCUGUUACUCGGGAUCUGGACGAGAACACAGACAUUGAGCUCCCUAUGCUUCCAAAGCCGAAGCCACAGGAGGAGGAAACGGAAGAGGAGCGCCAGUUCCGGGCCCUGUUUUCUCGAAUUGCUGGUGAGGACAUGGAGGUGUCGGCUGAGGAGCUUGAAUAUGUUCUAAAUGCUGUUCUGCAAAAGAAAACAGCCCUCAAGUUCAAGAGGCUGAGCCUGUUGUCUUGCAGAAACAUCAUCUCUCUGAUGGAUACCAGUGGUAACGGGAAGCUGGAGUUUGAAGAGUUCCGGGUAUUCUGGGACAAGCUAAAGCACUGGAUGGACCUGUUUCUCCAGUUCGAUGUGGACAAGUCUGGCACCAUGUCUUCCUAUGAGCUGCGGACGGCACUGAAAGCUGCAGGCUUUCAGCUGGGUGGCCAUCUCCUGCAGCUGAUCGUCCUCAGAUAUGCAAACGAGGACCUCCAGCUGGAUUUCGAUGACUACCUCAACUGCCUGGUGCGGCUAGAGAACGCGAGCCGGGUGUUCCAGUCUCUCAGUGUGAAGAACAAGGACUUCAUCCAUCUCAACAUAAACGAGUUCAUCAGCUUGACCAUGAACAUCUGAGGUUGCACUGACCUGAUGCCAUCUGCCUGUCUGAUACUCAGCGUCUGGACCAUCAACCUCAGAACUUUUAUUGGAGGGCCAUCCUGCCCUACUGCUCUCUCCCUACCUCAUACCAUGCUCCUCCCCUCCCUGUCAUGAUUUAGAAGAAUCUAAAGGGAUUGGCUGUGUUCUCUGA